CAUCCACAGUCCCGUGUUUCAGCAAAGCCUGCCUCAAUACAAAAACCCUGGCACUGUAAUACCCUUUUGGGUUUUUUUAUAACUCUUGCCGCCCCUUGCGUCACAGAAGUAAAGCGGAAGCCGGAAGGAGCUUGAAACUGCGCAAAAAUGGCACCAAAGCGAGGUGGAAAGGGUCCGGUGGUUGCCGGAAAGAAGAAACCGGAGAAGGUGCCGAAUCCAUUGUUCGAGAAGAGGCCGAAGCAGUUUGGAAUUGGAGGGGCUUUGCCACCAAAGAGGGAUCUGAGCCGAUUCGUUAAGAUGCCGAAGAUGGUUCAGAUUCAGAGGCAGAGGAGGAUUCUCAAGAUGAGAUUGAAGGUUCCACCUACCGUGAACCAGUUCACCAAGACCCUUGACAAGAAUCUCGCAUCAAACUUGUUCAAGAUGCUUUUGAAGUACCGUCCUGAAGACAAAGCAGCAAAGAAGGAGCGCCUCUUGAGAAAGGCUCAGGCAGAGACCGAAGGAAAAACUGUUGAGGCUAAGAAGCCUAUUGUUGUGAAAUAUGGUCUCAACCAUGUAACCUAUCUAAUCGAGCAGAAAAAAGCCCAGUUGGUUGUUAUUGCUCAUGAUGUGGACCCCAUUGAGUUGGUUGUAUGGCUACCAGCAUUGUGCAGGAAGAUGGAAAUCCCAUACUGCAUUGUGAAGGGAAAAUCUCGAUUGGGAGCAAUUGUCCACAAGAAGACUGCAUCAGUUUUGUGCUUGACCACAGUCAAGAAUGAAGACAAGUUGGAGUUCAGCAGAAUCUUGGAAGCUAUCAAGGCUAACUUCAAUGACAAGUACGAUGAGUACAGGAAGAAGUGGGGUGGUGGAAUCAUGGGUUCCAAAUCCCAGGCCAAGAGCAAGGCCAAAGACAAGGUCCUUGCCAAAGAAGCUGCCCAGAGGAUGACCUAGGAGCCAUUUUAUUGUAUUUCUCUCAAGGAUUUUACCGGUGGACAAUUUCUCGUACAUUUUCAUGUACUUUUGAGGUUUUUCGGCUUAAAAGUUUUGUUCUGUUUAGAGUAAGAUUUUGAUCAAAGCAAAACACGCAAGUGAUGCGGCUGUUUGCGGUUUCCUGUUGCUGCCUUUUGAGUUGGUUUCCGCAUGACAAUUGAGAUCUUGAGUUCUUGAAUGCCAAUAGUUCCAGGCACUAUAGUUGAUAAAAA